UGAAUUAAGCCAGGGAAAAAUACACACCGGCAACUCCUGUGUAAACCAAUGAUGCUCGUAGAAGCAAACCUCCCAGAGUGCCCCACACGCAAUCUCUGCAAGGAACCGAGAACAACUAUCACACAGCUGUGGCACCAUAAAAAAGAAUUCCUACAGGCUGAGAGAAUGGAUGAAAACAGCCCUUUGCAUAUUGUGACACCCCUAAUUCCUAGUGUAACUUUGUCACGACUGUGCGGUCGUCAGGUGUUUUACUCUGCGGCUAGAAAAUUGCCAGCCAUCGGAUCAUUUAAAAUCCGUGGGAUAGGAAAUCUCGUUCAAAAGAGUAAAGAGAGAGGAUGCAAGCAGGUUGUUUCAUCUUCAGGUGGAAAUGCUGGCAUGGCAUCUGCAUACGUGGCAAAAAUGUUGGGACUUCCAGCAACAAUUGUUAUUCCUGAGUCAACGCCAAAGCUCAUGAUUUCACGGUUAGAAGAAGAGGAGGCAAAAGUCAUGGUUCAUGGAAGAAUUUGGAAUCUUGCUCAUGAGAAAGCACUAGAAAUAGCAGCCACUGGAAAUUCUUGCCUAGUUCAUCCAUAUGACCAUGAAGAAAUAUGGGAAGGUCAUAGCACAAUAGUUACAGAGGUUCUUCAACAAACUAAAGCAAAACCUGCUGCUAUUGUUUUGUCUGUGGGAGGUGGUGGCCUUCUCUGUGGUGUAUUAAAAGGUUUACACAAACAUGAUGUUGAUAUUCCUGUUGUUGCCAUGGAGACACAAGGUGCUCAUGCCUUUAAUGCUGCAUUGAAAGCCGGGAAGCCUGUGUCUAUUGGGGAUAUUACAAGCAUUGCCAAGACUCUUGGUGCAUUGAUGGUGACUGAGGGUAUAUUUGAUCUUAUGCCAGGCCUGAGAGUGACAUCUCAUGUUAUCAGUGAUAAAGAAGCGGUUGAAGCAUGUUCAAGAUUUGCAGAUGAGCAGCGGAUGUUGGUAGAACCUUCUUGUGGAGCUGCACUUGCAGCUGGGUAUUCAGGAAUAAUCAAAGAGCUCAUUUCAAACAACACUCUUCCCGAUGAAGGACCAAUUGUCUUUGUAGUGUGUGGGGGUAAUGCUGUUACACUGGACAUGUUGGAAGGAUGGAAAAAACAGGUUAAUCUCCUGUAAUUGUAUGGUCAGUAAAGAUAUAAAAUUGAAAUUGUUUUGCGUAGUACAAUUUGAAACAUAGCAAAAAUUAUGAUUUAAAUAUUUUUCAAGAAAGAUUUUAAUCAUGUGGAUAUUAUGUUUAUAAUCAACCACUGCAUUAGAUUUUUAACUGUGAGUAAAGAAAAGUUGGAUCAUUUACAGUUUUGAUCUGUGAAUGUAUUAAAGUGUACAGAAAUAAAACAUUAAAUGACAA